AUGAAGGAGAAGUCCAAGAACGCCGCGAAAACGCGGAGGGAAAAGGAGAACGGUGAAUUCUACGAGCUGGCCAAGCUGCUUCCGCUGCCUUCGGCCAUCACCUCCCAGCUGGACAAGGCGUCCAUCAUCCGCCUCACCACCAGCUACCUGAAGAUGAGGGCGGUUUUCCCAGAAGGUUUGGGAGAUGCUUGGGGGCAGCCGAGCAGAUUAGGCCCCUUGGAUAAUGUCGCGAAGGAGCUGGGCUCGCAUUUGCUUCAGACUCUGGAUGGGUUUGUUUUUGUGGUAGCAUCUGAUGGCAAAAUAAUGUAUAUCUCAGAAACAGCUUCUGUACAUCUAGGUUUAUCCCAGGUAGAACUCACUGGUAAUAGCAUUUACGAAUACAUCCAUCCAUCAGACCAUGAUGAAAUGACAGCAGUUCUAACUGCUCACCAGCCUCUUCAUCCUCAUCUUUUACAAGAAUAUGAAAUAGAGAGAUCUUUUUUUCUGCGAAUGAAGUGCGUCUUGGCCAAGCGGAAUGCAGGAUUAACAUGUAGCGGUUACAAGGUGAUCCACUGCAGUGGCUAUUUGAAGAUACGACAGUACAUGUUGGAUAUGUCUUUGUAUGAUACCUGUUAUCAAAUUGUGGGACUGGUCGCUGUAGGUCAAUCAUUACCUCCCAGUGCAAUCACUGAGAUCAAGCUUCAUAGUAAUAUGUUUAUGUUCAGAGCAAGCCUGGACUUAAAACUAAUAUUCCUAGAUUCCAGAGUCACUGAAUUAACUGGCUAUGAACCACAGGACCUGAUUGAGAAAACUCUCUACCAUCAUGUGCAUGCAUGUGAUGUGUUUCAUUUACGAUACGCUCACCAUCUCUUGCUGGUGAAAGGACAAGUCACAACCAAGUAUUAUCGGUUGCUGUCAAAGAAUGGUGGCUGGGUUUGGGUCCAGAGCUAUGCCACCAUUGUGCACAACAGCCGCUCAUCAAGACCUCACUGCAUAGUGAGUGUCAAUUAUGUCCUAACAGAUAUAGAAUAUAAGGAACUUCCGUUAUCCCUGGACCAGGUCACCAUUUCUAAAUCACAGUUUUCAUGCAGAAACCCCGUGUCUACCUCACAAGAAACAAGAAAAGCCACAAAACCUAGAAAUAAUAAAAUGAAAACAAAACUCAGAACAACUCCUUAUCCACAGCAGCAAUACGGCUCCUUCCAGACAGACAAACUGGAAUGUGGCCAGGUUGGAAGCUGGAGAUCCAACUCCACAGCAAAUUCUACCACCAUCCAAGAACAAGCCUUCCAUUCAGAAAACAGCGAACUUUUAUAUACCCCAUCGUACAGCUUACCUUUCUCUUACCAUUAUGGACACUUCCCUGUAGACCCUCAUGUAUUCAGUAGCAAAAAACAAAUGCUGCCUUCUAAAUUUGGGCAGUCUCAAGGAACACCUUGCGAAGUCGCUCGAUUUUUCUUAAGUACAUUGCAGACAAGUGGAGAGUGCCAGUGGCACUAUGCCAAUUCCCUUGUAUCAGGCAGCCAAUCACCAUCUAGAAGUCCCUCUGAUCAGUCAGCAAGCAACAUACGCCAUAAUCUCUUACAGGGUUAUGAAGUGCCACUACCAAAUAGAAGAUACAACCAAGAAGGCACGUCUGACAGCUUUGCAAGCUGUACUACUCUAACACCAAAUAACAGAUACAAAGAAGAUAUAUAUGAUUCCAGCAUUAUAAAACACAGCAAAAUGGAAAGCAGAAUAUAUCCUGCACACCAUCAUCUCAUUAAAGAAGAAAAUAAGCUUGUUUUCAAUAGAGACUUGCAAGAAAAAAAUAACAUUAAUGAAAAGCCCUUUUCAAACUCCUUAACUAACUCUUUUUUAUCAAAAUCAGAAUGUUUUCAAACUAAAUCAAUUGGACAACUCAGCCACCUUCUCCCAGUUCCAACCGUAUAUGAACAAAGAAGAAUUUGCAUGAGAGAACCAAAAUAUGAGCACAUUGCCACAAAUCUAGGUGAGUUGGAAACUGAUGAAAGAAUGACACUGAAGCUUGAUCAUAUUUCUGAAAAUGAUCAUACAGUGGAUGUGAGACAUACAGGGCAAGUUCCUUUUGUUCUUUUGAACUACCACCGGGUUUUAGCUAAACACGGCACAUUUCAAACCUCUUCAUGCACUGCCACAGGACAUGUAGCUGAAAGUUAUGGACACAGUUCUGAAGAAGUAAAUAUGUUUUACAAAAACCAAAGUCCUUUAUCAGCCUCUUCUCCUGAAACUCACAAGGACCCUGCACUUCCGCAUUAUAUUGGAACUUCUGUAAUAAUAGCCAAUGGAAGGUGACAAUAAUAUAAACUUGCUUUUUUAAUUAAAAAUAAACUGGAAUGAUUUCUGAAAUGUGUUAGAAUCAUCGGUGCACAUAGUUAGCACAGUUGAAGGUCAGUGAGACAUAAACUUGCAUGCAUUCUUGGCAUGCCAUCUGGAACAGUAUCUUUAAGGUCAGAAAAAAUGUGCUUAGCUUCAGUGCAUCAUUAUUGAGAAAUCUCUGCCGUUGACUCUGGCAGUAAGAAGCCAUGUAACAGUUCAUUUUUAAGUUGCUUUUACAUUGUACAACAUAAAGUAUAAGAAUUUAUGUACUGAUGCAAAGAUUGACCUUGUUUUCAUUAAAAAAAAACCCCAUAAUUUAAAUAUUUGAAUGCGAUAGACCAGCCAUCAAAUGGACAGUAUGGCAAUAGAUGGUGCCACAAUUAUUCAUGGCUGCCUCUGUUAAACUAUCUUCUUAUUGUGGGAACAUUUUAUGUUUUUAAUCCCUGAAGCUGAACCAUUUAUUUUAACUCAUCUGACUUUCAUAUACUGUACCAAUGCAAUCAAGAAUUGCAAGUCUGUAUGACUACUAUGCAUCUUCAAACAAUGAAAAUCUAUCAGCCCAAUAUGCUAGAUAGAUUGGAAAUACCUACCAAAGAGUUUAUGAUUUUUCACACUCUUAAGAAGUUGUUUUUGGUAAGAAUAUUUUAAAGCAUCUCUUUGAAACAACAGGAAAGAGUCCCUAUUUCAAAUAGACCUCCAAAAUUUUCUUUGACAGCUAACCAAAAACAUAGUUGUGAACAUUUUGCUCUGGCAAUCAGAUCUGAAAUCUUCAGUUUCAGCAAUCAACCUUUUCUAUUUGGACAGUAUGUUUUUAGCUCAGCAAGUUACAACACUGUUGUUGGUUAAGAUACGAUAAAAUCCGUUCGCUAAAAGCACUAAUGAACAGGUGAGAAUCUGGAGGCACUGAAAUUUUA